GGUUUGGGGGGUGACGAUGGCGAGCGGGGGUUACCGGCCUCCCGGGAACACCACCGACUUUCUGGAGGAAUGGAAAGCCAAGCGGGAGAAGAUGCGCGCCCGCUUCGCCGCCGCCACCGGCGCCAACAACGCCGAGUCCGGGCCGAGCCGUAACGGCGCCGAGCUCAACAAUAACAACAACGGCGGGGGCGGAGGCGCCGGAGCCGGAGAACGGGCGGCGGCUCCUCCGCCGGUUUCCACAGGCGCCGCGGCUGCAAGGUCCGGGGUUCCCGCUCCCAAGCGGCUGGAGGAAGACGGGAGCGGCGGCGGCGGCGGCGGCGGCGGCAGCGCCGCGAAGAGCAGCGAAAGCGCCGCCAGAAAUUCGCCCGCCGACGCUUGCGAGCUGGAGGCGGAGAGCCCGCCCGCCGCCGCCGCCGCCGCCGCCGCUGCUGCUGCUGCUUCUUCGCCGCCCGCCUGCACCAAGAACAAGGACAAGAUGAAGAGCUCGGGUCCCAGCGCCAGGAAAGGAAAGGGGCAGAUCGAGAAGAGGAAACUGAGGGAGAAGAGACGUUCCACAGGGGUGGUCAACAUCCCAUCCACUGAGAGCCCUGACGAUGAUGAUCAUUCAGGACAGAAGCUGCACCAGAGGGAGGAUGCCAUUACUCAACAGAACACUAUCCAGAAUGAGUCGAUUACAUCUGAUGCAAGCAGCCCGUAUAACGAAACUCCCAGAACCACAAGCCGAUGGAAAAGCACCACAACUGCUCCUGAAGAAGAUAUCACAGCGUAUUCGGCCGGCAGCAGGUACUCUGGUCGAGUAGAGAGACCUGGUUAUAAUCGUUUUGGAAACACUUCUACAAGCUCCACCUUCAGCAGUACAUUAGAGAAGAAAUUGGAAGAAUGUGAAAAGGAGCUCGCCAAGGAGAGACAGGAAAAUCAAAAACUAGUCAAACUACUACAGGAUAGAGAUGACCUUAUUGGGAAACUGAAGGAAGAAAUUGAUCUUCUGAACAGAGAUAUGGAUGAAAUUGAAGAUGAAAAUGAUCAACUGAAGCAAGAAAACAAGACCUUGUUGAAAGUUGUUGGCCAGUUAACCAGGUAGAAGAUGGCCAUUCCUCUUAGACAGAGUUCCGUGAAAGCCGGACUGAUAAAUUUACGCAUUUUACAAUCCUGGAGUUAGCUUUCAAUAAACAAGUACAGACUGAAGAGAAAUCAUUCCAAGUUCACACUAUUCUCCCCUAAGAAUACUACAUACCUUCUAUUAGAACUGCAUUAAGUGUGAAUAUUUUGUGUUAGUAGUUGGCUUGUCUGUUAUUUUUUGAUAGCAACUGUUGGAAUUUUUUUAAAUUUCUUUAUUAUUUCCUUAAAAUGUCUCCAAGAACUUGUGCAAAAAAAAACUAUUUGCAAGCAGGCCUCUGGUUCAAAUUAUGGUUUUGUAAUCUAUACGAUAAAGGAUCAAUUCAUAUAGCAUUGUUCUAUUCCUAAUUUUUUUUUUUGCUGUGUUCAAAAAGUCACAUGAAAUUGGAAAAGUAUGCAUGCUUUACGUAUAAUUUAAAACAAGAUUUAGAAAGACCUGAUCCUCAUGAAGUGUAACCAUAUGAGGCAUUACGGUAAAGAGCAGGCUUUCCUCUUCAAUUAUGGAUAAAACCGCAUCCUUUCAUGUACAUCAUUUAUAUGCCUAAUGAUAUUUCUUACCCAUGUAUUCAAAACCGUGUUAAAACACUAUGUUGUUCAAUGAUUGCACGAUGGCAGCGGUCACAGUGGUUCAACACGUUGCAUUCAUACUGCAGACGUGGACAUGCUGCAAGGCCUAAUGUUAUAGAAAGUGUUUGAAGGCAGGAGUCGGGGCCCUAACCUGGAGUGACUGGGUGUGAGAAUUGCUGAAGGAACUAAUCCCUGUCUUUUCCUCGCUCUGUCUCACACCUCAUUUGGUUCCUGAGUCAGGGCCAAGCCUUAACUCUGCAUUUGCACUUCAUGCUUUGGUUCUGUUAAUUCUAAGGCUAUUAAAGUAAAUGAAUCAGAAAGCCGAGUAUAACUGUGGUGCUAAGUGGAACCACACCCAUACAUUCCCUUGUGCUGGAAUGUUCUUAACAAAGGCAGUGUUUAAAAUUUAAAAAUUAUUUAUCAUAUCUUUGUGUUUUGAGCAUCACUGCUUCCCACCCUUCAUUAUAUUCAGUUAUCACGGUUCCUUUAUGGCUGCUUGAAGAGUUUUUAAUGGAAUAAAUUACAUUCCAAACGUAUGAAGUUACCUUUCCUUAACGUACAAACAACCAUAAAUAAGGCUCAGCAUUGUUUUUUUUGCAGCACAACUGUACACUAAAACAACAAUAAAGGUUUUCUUGCAAUUGAAUCCAUUUUUUUUAAUGUGUGAGCCAUUAUCAGACCAGAACAAAUGAUCCUUUAAUCUCUCAGAGAGAGAGAAAGAAAAGCUGUUUUUUUUAAGCUUUCAGUAACAUGGUAAUUGAAACAUUAAAACCUUGGAGCUUUUAAAUCUGACUGGAGCCAGCAUGUAAAUAAGAAGUGGAGAGAGUGACUUUUGACUGCUAUUGGGGCUAAUUCUUAUAACUUCGGACCCGCAUCUGCUUCCCUUUUUAGAUUAGGGUAAUGCUUCAGAAAGGACAAAACAUUAUAAUCUGUUUGCGCUGUUGCAGAUAAAUUUAUGCAAAAUAAAUUCUGAAGCACGACACAAUUA